AAAAGAUUACAUGACAUUGGACGGUGCACCACACGAAUCACGACAUGACAGGACUAGGGGACAUUACGGGAAAGGCUUGUCUGAUCACAGGAGGCGCCUCUGGUUUGGGAGCGUUAUACGCUGAAGCUUUCCUGCAGGAAGGAGCUAAGCAUGUAGCUAUACUGGAUAUAGCAGAGGCAAAAGGAAAAGAAACAGCUGAACAACUGAAUAACACAUAUCCUGGCAAAGUGACGUUUAUUAAGUGCGACGUCAGCGAUGAAGACAGCAUCUCAAAGUGUUUCAACCAAGUUGUGGAAACUGUGAAACAGUUGGACGUGGUGAUCAACAACGCUGGGAUUUUAAACGACUCGCCCGCUCUUUGGAGAAAGUCCUGUGAUGUUAACUGGCAAGGUCUAGUGUCGUUUUCAAUGAGAGCAGUCAAGCACAUGCGAAAAGAUGAAGGCGGGGCAGGCGGGACCAUCGUAAACAUUGCGUCUAUAGCAGCUCUCAUCCCAGUAGGGUCCACCCCCAUCUACAAUGGGUCCAAAGCUGCAGUUCUACACUUUAGUCAAAGUCUUUCGCAAGCUCCCUUUGAAGAAACAACUGGAAUAAGAGUAUUAACAAUAUGUUUCGGACCAACGGACACGGCUCUCAUGACUGAACUGACUGGGAGGGUAUAUAACGAAAAAAUGGGUGAAGAUCUUGUGGGCGUCAUAGCCGAGAUUACAAUCCAAAAAGCUGAAUCAGCUGUAGCAGCCUUCAUGGCAAUGUUCAAAAACGGGCCCAACGGCUCUGUGUGGUUGUCGGAGAAGAAUCGACCAGUCCAAGACAUUACACCUAAGUUACAAGCCUUUUACAACUCAUUUACUAAUUAAAUCAUACCUUUGCUUUGU